GGCACAUUGAUGGGAACAUGCGUCUGAUAAGAUGGGGCUUUGUCACUCAUGGUGCAAUUGAUGGAUACUCCCGUCUGAUUACUUACCUCAGCUGCAGCACAGACAAUCGUUCCACAACAGUGCUUUCUCAGUUUUUGAAAGCAACCUGCCUCUACGCCCUACCAUCAAGAGUUAGAUCUGACCAUGGUGGUGAAAACAUCCUUGUGGCUUUAUUCAUGCAUCUAGUUCAAGGACUUGAACACAGAGGUUUCAUAACCGGACGAUCAGUUCACAAUCAGAGAAUUGAACGCCUUUGGCGUGAUGUAUUUUUGCAUGUGUUGCAGCACUUUUACCAUAUGUUCUACUCCUUAGAGGAUUCAGAGAUUCUAAACCCAGAUAAUGAUGUCCACAGACUAUCACUGCAUAUUGUUUAUCUUCCGGAGAUCCAGAAAAGACUGGAGCAGUUUAGACAGGCCUGGAACCUCCAUCUGUUGAGAACAGAAAAUAAUCGCACACCAACUCAACUCUGGACAGAGGGCAUGCUCAGAAAUAUUGCCACAGACAGCACAGCUGUCAACAAUGUGUUUGGGGAAAAUCCCUACAGCGACCAAAACAUUGAGGCCAUCCUAGCGCAGUACGGAAUUCAAACACUGCCUACACUUGACGAGGAAGGGUUCCCAGCUGUAAGGGUAGAGCCACCUCAACUCAUCCUCACUCGGCAACAACAGACAUCUGUGCACAAUGCAAUCCAACACUUUUCUGAUCUGAAGAUUAAAUAUCAGGCUUGCUGUACUGCAAUUGUCAGUAUUUUGCAAACUGAUCAGGUAUAGUCCAAUUCCAAGCCCAGAGACAUUUUAUUGGUUGCAUACAUUAUCCAGGAUGUAGCUAAUGCCGGGUGUGCCAGUCAAGACAUUGGAAGUAGCAACAGUGUUGUCAUAUGUCAUA